UCUGGCUUGAGAAAGAUUUUGGAGAAUUUGUACUGCUUGUUGAGGAGAGGAGUUGCCGUGCAUCCCAAGUAAGUCGAGCCUAUAAAAAUAUAUAUGUAUGUAUAUAUAUAUUUUUAUUUUUAUUUUGCAGCACGGAGAUGGUCCAGCAUGAGUUGCAAUUCGUGAGAAAUAAUGGACAAAUAGCUGGGGAAUUCAUGCUGGAAUCUGAUGGAGCAUGAGGCAUAUGCUGGUCUUGGAGCUGCCUAGGCUGGGCUGGAGUGGAUGCGUGCUGGGCCUGAAGCAAAAGCCUGGAAGAGACAAGCCCAAGGCAGAUUCUGGCGCUGGGCUUCGGAGCUGAGGAAGAAAAGGCGCUGGGCCUUGCGCGCAAAGGGCUUGCGCUGGCGAGCGGGCUGCUCGUGCUGGGCCUUCGAGCUCGGGCUUGGGCCGAGCGAGAGCUGGCGAGAUGGGCUCCGUCUGGGGGUGCGCUGGGCUCCUCGUCUGGGCUGCUCGCGCUGGGCCUUUUUUUUUUUUUAAAUUUUGUUUUGUUUUUUUUUUUGUGUCCAGCCUUUCUCUUUUUUUUUCUUUUUUUUUUUUUUCUUGGAUUCUAACUUGUAGAAUUUUCUUCUCUUUUUGUAGUUGUUUGUUGACCAACCAUGUCUUCCAGAGACGGUAGCAAGGCUCCAAGCUCUCAGGUGCCUUUGUAUUUGUGGGGAGGUUCCGUAGUGCCGAGCAAGAAGUUCGUGGCCAACUUGCACCGAGUCACGACCGACGCUCAGUUCCAAAAAUGGCGGGCUGCUUUCGCUUCUGCCAUUCCAGAUGAUGUGCAGAUCAAGCUAUUGAGGUCUCGGACUGAAAACGAUUCUUUCGAGGAUGCGGAUGAUCCUGGUGCUAGGACCAUUACAUUCCGUCCUUUUUAUUUUUCACUGGGCUUCAAAUUCCCGCUGUCAAAGCUCUUCAAGGAGGUGUUCUGCGCCAUGGGGUGUGCUCCAAGCCAGAGUACUCCCAAUGUUUACCGGGCGAUCAUGUGCUUCGAGAAUCUGAGCCGUUUCUUUACGCUGGAGUUGACGGUGCGAGAGUUCUUUCAUUUUUUUGAAGUGAGGCACUUCGAGCAGUAUGCCCAAGUUCGCGUCUACAGGUCCAGGCUAUUCGACGGUCUUAGUCAAGGAGAUCACGCUUGGCAUGACGACUUGUUGGAAGUCAGCGGACGCUGGGAGGGCGACGUUGGCGACGGCCCCCUUGUUCCUAUCACUUAUUGCUAUGUGAGUGACAUCAGCAAGCAAUUGGAGCUUGGGCCUGACAUGGCUAAGGUCCGCCGUGCUUUGAACAUUCCCCAAAAGUUUCGUGAGUGGCGCUGGCUGUUGAGCGAGUAUCGGGAGGAAGAUGGUGGUCUGCCCCCUGCCGAGGAUGUCGAGAGAUGGAAGCAGAAUGGUCCGAACCCUGAUGAUCUAUCUGCUGAACAGGAUGAGUGCUUUGCUGAACUCCCACCAAAAAGGAAGGCCGAUGUCAAGUCUUCGAGAACUCCAGCUACUUCUUUGCGGGCGAGGAAUGUGUCUCCAUUGAGGAAGAAGCCAAGGUUCCCUUCUGCUGAGAAAACCCAAGUAGGAGCUAUUCCCGCGUCAUCUGCCAGAGUCAAACAUCUUGUUGGUGCAGAUAGCAAGAAGAUUGGUGGUAUGCGCAACAUUAGGGAUGUUCCCCUUAAGCCUCUCGUUGAUGAGUUUGGAGAUCGUGAUCUGCUCCGCGACGUAGUUCGUGCACGGUCCAGGUCACCUGUUGAGAAGCCAAGAGAUGCUGAUUUUCCUCUCCGAAGUUCGGGUCGUUUGCACCAAUCGAAGAGUGGAGGUCGAUGUGCGAGGUCUACUCAUCCAUCUAACCAUCAUGAUCCGACUGUUGAGUCCCAAGCAGUCAAGCGUGGAGUUGAUUCAUCGUCGUCGGUUCCUUUGGAAGUAAGGUUAGCAGAGGCUAAGAAAGCAAGAGAGUCAUCUGCUCGGGGAAAAAGUUCUUCUGCGACAUCAGCGGCUGAUCCAAAGGUGGACAAGCCUAGCCCUACAGGGGAUGCAGACGUGUCUGAUCUGCUCAAGACGCACUUUCUAUCAAGUCCAUCCGCUUGUGCUGAGCUGGUUGAUCAAGUCCGUCAGGCUGGUGAUCUCGGUACUUUUUCAAGUCUUUCCUUGGAAAAACAAAGAGAAGCAACAUUUCAUCUGCUUCAAAAAGGAGUGGUUUUUGCUGCGGAGACCAUCCGGAACUCGUCGUCUGCUGUUGCCCCCUCUUCUGCUCAGCUUAGUGAGUUGGAGAAGAAGAAUGCUGAGCUGGCUAGCAAGCUUUCUGCCGAGCAGACUCGUUAUGAGAAGAAGACGUCUGAUUUGCGGGCGAUGAUAUCUGAGCUGAAGAGUUCCCUUACUGAGAAAGAUUCCGAGCUGAGCUCUUCUGCUGUUGACUUGGCGAGUCGAAAAGAUGCUUAUUUCCGCCUUGAGCGCAAGAAUGUCGACAUCUCUCAUAGUUAUGACAAGCUUUUGGCUAGAUUUCACGCCUAUCAUAAGUCUGCUGAAGAAUCCAAGUCCGAUGCUGUCAUGGAUGCGUACAAGUUGGGCUACUUGGACUGCACAAUUGGAUAUGAUCCCUUCUAUACCAUUGGAGAUGAAGACAUCGAAACGCUCUAUCCUGACUUGCCCCCUGUGAAAGGUGAGGAGGCUAAUGCUGCGAACACCGAAGGGGCUGAAGAGCAGGUGGCUGAAGACGCGGUAGCUGAAGAAGAUGGAGCAGAGGAUGAUACAGCUGAUGAGGCGGCGGCAGACGUCAUAGAUCAUGCAUGUGGAGCUGCUGAGAGCGUGGCUGAUCAGGUGGACGCUGAAGAGGCUGCAGAUCAGGGGUCUCCUGCUGGCGUUUCGGAGUAG